AUGUCUGAACACAACUACAAGUUCGAGGUCGCCAUGAGCUGCGGCGGCUGCUCCGGCGCCGUGGAGCGCGUGCUGAAGAAGCUCGAUGGUGUCAAGUCCUACAACGUGUCUUUAGAGAGCCAGACCGCCGAGAUCGUUACCGAAGACUCGCUCAGCUACGACGCCGUUCUCGAGAAGAUCAAGAAGACUGGAAAGACCGUCAAGUCGGGCACCGCCGACGGCGAGACGAGGGAUGUCUAG